CUGAUUUACCCAAAUCUAAUUAUCUAGAUAGUUUGAUCGAUUAUCCAAGCUACUGUAUAAAACAACAGCGUUUUGAAGGCUCCAUGAAGUAAACGCUUUUCAUCACUUCAGUUUGGAACAACCCUACAAACGAUGCCCCUCGCACCCGGUUCAUCACUCCGGAAUGGAACACAACAGGAAAGAAAACACACAACUACUGAAUCCUUCCGCCGAUGAAUCGAUUCACACGAGUCGGUUAAUAGAAUCGUUUGAAAGACCGAUUCUUUGGAGAGUUUUACCCAUCACUGUGUCGUAUUAAAAUAAACGGUAAGGCGACCGGUAUAAUAAUGUAACCAUACUGGAAAUAAUCACAGCCAACAGCGACAAUGCCUGCCAUCAUGGGAGCCAUUUGCUCAGACUGGGAGAUUGGAGACAACACGCCAGGUUGUAAUAGUUCUUUUUGGGGUUCGCUGAUGGCUAACUGGUGCUGUGUCCUGUAAUGAUGAGAAUGGCAUCCAGCCAUGGAGAGACACAUGCCCAGAUUUGUGACUGCCUUUUUUCUCUUGGCACUAUCAGGGUUUAUAAUACUCAUCUGCAACAUCACAUCUCUGGAGAAGUUGAGUGGACAGGUUAUAGCUACCUUCUACCAAAUACAGAAUAGCAUCCACUCAGCGUUGAAUCCCCCUGGAAUCUUGUGGCCACUAGAGUUAAACCACACAUACUGUGCACACUUUGGCCAGGAGCCCACAGCAGAAGAGGCAAAAGAAGAGAGAUAUCUGCUCAAUUCCAUUGCAUGGCCAGGCCCCUUGGUGCAAGGCUUGCCUGUGGAGCUUAGCAGUGACCCUUCAAAGAGCUACUUUGUGAUUCAGGGCCCAGCAGAGCAACGCAUAGGUGGUCAGCUUGUGGUUAACGUUCAUGUGCAGAACUUCCUGGGUCUGCCUAAGAAGCAUGGUGGAGAUUUCCUUAUAGCUCGGUUACAUUCGCCUGAACUCGGCGCUGGCGUUGCAGGGCAGGUGCACGAUCAUCAUGAUGGCAACUAUACAGUGCUGUUCCCACUGUUGUGGUCUGGUGUAGUGUGGGUGGAAAUCACCAUGGUGCAUCCAAGUGAGGCAGUGGUGGUGCUCAAGAGGUUGCAAGAGGAGCAACCCAACCGGGUGUUUUUUAAAAGCCUGUUCCGCUCUGGCUUCUUGUCAGAGACCACUGUGUGCAACCUGUGCCUGCCAGUCAACCAGCAACCACUCUGCAACUACACCGACCCUGAAACCAGAGAGCCCUGGUACUGCUACAAACCCAAAAUGCUAGGCUGUGACACACGAAUAAAUCAUUCUAAAGGGGGCUACAAGAAGAACCUCAUUACUGAAUAUGAAGCACAAUUCUUCCAGAGUGAUGUAAAUAUCAAAGUUCCUAUACAUGCAUCAGGGAUGGACAAUGUGACUGUAUUACCUGCAGAAAAAGGACAAGCCAAGGUAAAAUAUAAUUACAAUGUUGCUGGCUACUACUUUCACAAUUCCUGGAGGCCUUUGAGUGGUGCCAUCAUCCAGCAGUUCAAUGACUCCUCAAGCAUAACACGUUGUCUUAGAGGGAAGGUCAUGUACAUGUUUGGAGAUUCCACUGUGCGACAGUGGUUUGAAUACCUCACUGCUUUUGUUCCUGAACUGAAGGAGUUCAAUCUUCACAGCCCUAAGAAUGUGGGACCAUUCAUGGCUGUGGACAGCAGAAACAACAUUCUAGUGAGCUACCGCUGCCAUGGGCCGCCCAUCCGCUUCACCUCAGUGCUUUCCUCUGAACUGCGCUAUGUAGCAAAUGAGCUAGACAGGAUCAAGGGUGGGCCAGACACAGUGGUUCUGGUGAGUGUGUGGUCUCACUUCAGCACCUUCCCUAUUGAAGUAUAUAUACGGCGCCUACGGCACAUCCGCAGGGCCGUGGUGCGGCUGCUGAACCGUGCGCCAGCAACCCUGGUGGUGAUUCGCACUGCCAACCUGCAGAAGCUUGACCCGGAGAGUAGUCUAUUCAACAGUGACUGGUUCUCUCUGCAGAUUGAUGCUGUUCUGCAUGCAAUGUUCAGAGGACUCAAUGUGAAGCUGCUGGAUGCCUGGGAGAUGACGCUGGCCCACCACCUACCCCAUCUUCUACAUCCACCUCCCACCAUCAUCAAAAAUAUGAUGGACCUGAUCCUCUCUUAUGUCUGUCCAGUUGGGAGAAAAAAGAUGAGUCAUUUGUAAGAGGAGACUAAAAUAUAAUAAGCAUAGGGAACAGACGUGACAAAUGUGAAGAAGAACGACUCGGAUCGGGAGGUGAGGUGAACUAACAGACUGCAUAGCCUGAAGACCCAGCUAAGCUAUUAAUGAAUCAUUUCUGUUUCUCAUAAUCCGGCCUUGGUUGCAUUAGCCUAUAGUUUAUUUUUUAUUCCAAAUGUGAUCAACAUUUGCAUAAGUACUAGAUGUGUUGGGAAUUUUAACAUGUAAUAUUUUAAUUAUAUUCUGCUGAAAUUAAUUAAAUGACUUGGAAAAAGA